GUUAUGAAACAAAAACAUACACCACAGACAGAGAAAAAGCAGUAGCAGGAUCAAAUGGUGGUGGUGGCAGUAGUGUUUGAGAGGAGCAGAGACCAUUUUUGUUUUUGUGGAGAGAGAAAGAAAGAAAGAGUUGACAGUAGAUCAGUUGCUUAACCCUUGAUUAUCAGGUUGUUCCUGAAGUAAACGUUUUCAGACACUUAAGACUGAAACCCUCUUCUACUUGUCCUACCACCACCACCACCAUCACUACAACUACUGCUACUGCCACCACCAUCACCUAAUAUUAGUGCUACUACUACUACUGCUCUCUCUCUCUCUCUCUCUCUCAACACACCUCGUCACUGCUUCAACACAACCUGCUCUGACGGUUACUGCUGCUACAACUGCUGCGUAAUUUACAAUGACAGAAACGAACCACCACAGUACUCCAGGACCCGAACUCACCCUUUAUGUGAAGGCCGGUCAAGGUGGCCAAGGAUUUGGCGCCUGUCCGUUCUGUCAACAGAUCCACAUGAUCCUGGCACUGAAAGGACAAGAAUAUGAUGGCAAGUUGUUCGAAGUUGUAGUCAUUGACCCUGGCCGUCCACCGGCAGAGUUUCGCAAACAUGCCAACCGACUGCCUGUUUUGAAACACGGUGACGAAGUGUUGACAGAGAAUGAAGAAAUUAUCAACUAUAUUGACAAGAAUUUCCCUGAGCCUGAUCUAUCGUACUCAGACCGGAGAGCUCAUACUGUGUGUUUAGACGUCUUCUCUAAAUUUGCUCACUACAUCAAACAGGUAAGCACUUCUCCCGACCACCUCAUCUCAGAGCUGUGGCGUGUCAGUGACCACAUGGUAGAUUCCGGCAACAAGUUUCUCUGCGGAGACAAACUGACUCACCUCGACUGUUUGAUGUUACCUAAGCUUCAGCACAUCCGAGUAGCAGCAUUAGCUUUCAGAGAUUUCCAUAUCCCUUCCACCAUGACCGGCAUCUGGAGGUACCUGUGGAAGGCCUACAAGGAGCCUAUUUUCCAGGUCUCCUUGCCUAGCGACCAGGAAAUUGUUUACCACUGGAGUUGUAAAACAGAAACACCACCAUUAUCUGAGGAAAAGAAAAGGAUUUACAGUAUUGAUGGCGAACCCCGGUAUGAUGUGUCGAUGCCAGAUGGAUACAAAAUCCCAGAAGACAGUGAAUAAUAAUAUUAACAUUGCAGCAUGUUUUGACACCAGAUUUUCUCUUCUCAGUGUGCAUCCUUUGAUAUAUAAAUAUAUACAUAUAACACCCACAUAUAAAUAAAUAUAUAUAUAUAUAUAUAUAUAUAUAUAUACACACACACACAUACAUGUAUACAUAUAAUAAUAAUAAAAUGUAACAACAAAAGAAUGAGACCUUGAUAUUAGAGAAAUAGAGGAUUAUUUAUAUAUGUUGUAAUUUAGAACAAACAGUAAAAGGUUGUCAUUAUAGCCAACGAGAAUGUAUCGUAGCCCUUUGCUCCGACAUUUGAAACCCCAAAUACUAUAAUAACUUUUUACUGUUUGUUCUAAAUUAUAACACACACACACGCACACAUACAUAGUAUAUAACACCCACACACGUAUACAUACAUAAUAUGCAUUCAUAUAUAUAACAUACACAUAAUACAUAGACACGCAUACAUACAUGAAAAAUAUACAUAUGUAUAUAAAGGAUACCUGUGAAUACAAGAAGUGUCAAGUGAUUGUUUAUAUUUUUCACACUUGCUUGGUAUGUAUACAUGCAUAUACAUAGGUCCACAAAGCAUUGUGUGUGCAUGUGUUUUUAUAUAUAUGAUAUAUAAAAAAAAAUGUAUUAAGAUUGUGAAAGUUUUUCACUGUAGUUUCUAAUGUCCAGUUUCGAACUGACUGGUCACAGUUUCAAUUUAGUGCUAGAUACUCUGUUGAACGAAGAAAGGGGAAGUUUUGCUGGCCAAAUACUUGUUGAUGACUUUGAAAUUCUAUUUAUAAAUCAAAGAAAGAAAAAAAAAAGCACACACACUUAUAUGACUUUAUAAAAGCUAAAUUUUUUGGUAAAUUGCUCUUCAAUACUCUCUCACUAUCUCUAUUUUUGGGCUUUGUUAGAUGAAAUGGUCCCUCUAUAAUCUAUUUGUAAGCCCUACCUGUUGGGGAUCCAUUCCACUUACAAAGCAUCACACAUAUACAGUUUAGUUAUGAAAUGUAUAUGUAAAAACUGCCCAGGUUAGUGAUGUCUGCAUAAUGGUUGAAUUUUGUUAAUUGUUGCACUGAACAAUGGCUAAAUUUGGUAGAAUUUUCUUUUGUCAACAACCUUUUGUUGUGACUUGGAAGUUGAAUUGGUUAUUGAGUUUACCGACUUGUUUUCAAACUUGUAUUAGUUUUAGCCAAGAGGGUAACGGCAAGGCUUUUUAUGUCUGCUAAUCGUUCCUCGCCAGUGAACAAUAUUUUAAUUUUAAAUUUAAUUACAGCCACUACCUGUAUAACGUAAAAGUAUAAAAGCUGGGGGAAUGUUGUGUAUGUAUCCAAGUGUUUUGGGUGAUCAGCAAAAAAAAGAAAAAAAAAAAAGGUUGUGUGUGGAGGUGGGUGGGUAUAUGUGUGUUUGUAGGCAGAUGUGGCAGAUUAAAUUUUUCUGUUGUAAACUAUAUUUAUAUGUAAGGGAAAGGAACAAGACUAGUCCUGUCACUCGUUAUUUUAAUAUAUUGCAUAUAUAUUAUAUAUGUAACAUAUUGUAAUAUAUAUUGUAUAAUUUUGAUAACACUGUUGUUUGUUGAGGUAGAGGCAAAUUUAGUGUAAUAUAUAAUGAUGUUAUUGUAAUGAUAGUAUUAUAGUAAUGUAGAUGUGUUGAAAUAAUUGCUGUCGUUAAAAAAGAUUACUGUUAAAAGUGAAGAGAUACUAGUAGACUAGUAGUAGACUAGUAGUUUGUUCUGAGUUCACCUAGUUGUGUUGUUGCUGUUGUUGUUAGUUUGUGAGUAGUUUUGGUAGGAGUGUGUGUUGUGUAAGUGAAAGGUUUGAGUAGAUGUAAAAGAUCAGUGUGCUAGUUUAGUUUACUGUAACUGCAGCCUCUGUCAGAGAUGAUAGCAGACAUCUGUGAAAUGAAUUCUGGUUUCUUGUCUAAAAAGACUAAAAAAAACCACCACCACCGCCUCCUCCAUCUUCACUGCACCAAACCUCCACCAUCCAUCUUCUAGUUCAGACAUCGAGCUAGCUUGAUGUGGUGUAAUAUUCAAAUAACUUUCUUCUGUCAUAGACUUCUCAUGAAACUUUUAAGGGGUGGGCUACAAGCAAACCGUUUACAUCAGUUUAUAAGCCAUUAAAUACACAUACAUACACUUACACCUACACACAAACAUUAUACAACUCUCACUGUUCUUGGUUAAGUAGGCAAGUCAAAGAAGAGGAGGAGGAGGAAUAAGAGAUAUAUUUUUUUAUCUUAUUUAUUUUGUUUUACUUACUUUUCUUUGACUGGCUGUUUUGGAGUUGUGAUAACUUGUUGGUUCUUAUCUCCCAAACUUCCACUCUCCAUCAUGAAAUUAUUCUUUUCUAGCUUAUAACCUAAGUAUUAUCACAAUAGCUUGUUAGUUCACUGCAUAAGAAAUUAUUCUAACUUAUGGUAUCAGUAUUAUUACAAUAGAUUCUUAGUUAUGUCUGUAUUAAGAAUUAUCAUUACUUAUAAUAUCCAGUAUUAUUACAGUAAUUCAUUAAUUCUGUGUUGAGUUCUACUGUCCAACUUAUACCAUCAGUAUUAGAGUUUAUUGGCUAAGAGCAAUAUUGGUCAGUAAUUCUCCUGCUUGUUCUCUUUGUUCUUAGCUCUUUUCUGUUUAGAAAGACUGUUUUUGUUGUAAUUAAUUUUGAGAAUAAUGAGUUUAUUUAGUUAAAUGUAAUUAUUAAGCCAGUGUUUGGAACAUAAAUUAACAGGAAAUUUUUGAUGGAAGGUUUUAAUUUUGUUCACUUUAAAACAGAAAAUUUGUAUCAUGGAAACGGGGGCAGUUUCAGGUGGGUUAGUAUCAAAUGGUUUAAUCAUGGACAGACCAAAGCAUUUACCAACCUAAACAAUGAAAUAUUGUCUUUAUAUUCUUUUCUACAAUAAUACUAUAGACUUUCUUUCACCUAUUCCUCACCAGUUUUUCUGAUGAAAUACCCUGCUUGUCCAUUUUUCCAAUUUAUAUUAAAAAUAAUCAUGGACUUUGCAAUACUUUAGUAAAAUAAACUGAUUCUGUUGUUUGGAACAUAUUGAAAGUUUCAGACUUAAAAUUAUGAUAGGAGGAUGAAAUUUUUAAAAAAAUAAACACUUUUUUUUUAACAAAAGAAAACAAUAACUGGACAUUUUUUGUAUUGUGUAAAAACCAAAAGUGGUAUAAUGCAGGUUAUUAAAAAUGGUGGGUUACAGAAUACAGUUCUGUAGAUUAGUGUAAAACUGGCAAAUGGAUUGUUUAGGAUGGAAAUAGAAAGGAAGUGAGAUUAAAAAAACAAAAAGAACGCAACACUGCUCCCAUGCUUAGAUUUGAACAAUCAUUUCAAGCACUUUUCCUUCUUUUAAUACACACCUAUUUUUCUUACAUCUCCACAUUUACAUUCUUUCAUUGCAAAUGCAUUUUUUUUCUCCCUUCUCUUUCUAUAUUGGAAUAGUCAGCUGUUUAUAGGAGAGUUUAAUUCUUUCGUUAGAUUAUUUCUGUUGAAAUUACAACUGCUUACGUUUCAGUUAAUUUUUUUUUUUUUAAAAAGCAAAGUAUUUAGUGAAGCAACUCAUUAUUGAAUGUUUAGAACAUAACAGGAAAUGUUGAUGGUAGGUUUUAGCUUAGAUUACUUUAACCCUUUUGAAAAUAACUUUGUCGUUAUUAAACUGGUGUUCGGAACAUUAAAUUAACCUGAAAUUUUCAUAGAAGGUUUUGGUUUAGUUCACAUUAAAACAGGAAGUUUGCAUCAUAGAACCAGUGGGGGUGGUCUCAUGUGGAUUGGUAUCAAAAGGGUUAAAUAUCUUGAAUUCUAUUUGUUGUAUCAGAAACAAAGAAUCAGUGGAAUGUGGUAAGGGUUUUUUUUGGUGGGGGUAGGGGGGUGCAGGGAGAGAUGUAGAUCUUUGUCAACAGUAAAAGCAAUUAUUAUUGGCAGUCUCAAAAAUUCAUUUGUUUGAUUUUUCAUAUUCCUUGAACUUUGAAAAGUUUGAGGAAUAUGAAUGAAAGUCAAGCAAAGUUUCAAGAACUGUCAGGGGAAUACACACAUGCCAUACACUUAAAAUUUAGUCUAAAAACAUAGAACUCAUAGAGACUAAAGUGGAAUGGGACAUCUGGAGGACUGCUUGUGUUAUUAGUAAAUACCUACCAAAAUUUAGACUCUUUGGACCAAUUGUCUUUCUUGGACCAAUCGUCUUUCUUGUGCCUUCAUUUGCUUGAUAUCUGAUAAAUAUAUUAAACAAAAAAAAAAUUAAAAUAAAAUAAAACAAACCCCUGAUAAUUUCCUUGGUGGAAUUCACAUUGAAAGAGCAUAAGUUUCUGAAUUUUCUACUCUUUCUCUCACACACAACACUUUUUGAUUUUAUUUUUAAACUCUCCCCCUCCCCUCAAAUUAUAAUCUGAAUUGCUAUCUUUAUUAUAAUAUCCACAUCAGUGCUUCCUUGAUUCUUUAAAAUACUCAGAUUAAAAAAAUGAGAGUGGUUUAUUUAUUAUUUUUUUUUUUGUAAG